CAUCGAGUUUCUCACUCCCUUACGUAAAUUCCCCCCAAAGCAACCUUACCUCUCUUUCUCUCUUCCUCUAUCUAUCUCACACACACAUACAUCCUCUCUCUCUCUUUCUCUCACACACACACAAACUAAAAGAGGUGCUGCAGUUUACUCCUUUCCAAUUUGUUACUUGAAAGCACUCCAUUGACAACCCCUUGAAUCUUCACACUUCAUAAUUCAAAAACCCUAUAUUUCUUCCCACUUCUCUCUCUCUCUCUUCUAACUUGCUGCAGCCACCACAUCACAACUCAAAUCAUGAUGUCUUCUGUAUUUGUUUUCCUACUCACUGUUUCCUUCCUCGCAACUCCAUCAUCCUCCGCAACCACCUCCUUCGUCUUCGGCGGCUGUUCCCAGCAAAAAUACCUUCCGGGUUCGCCCUACGAGUCGAAAGUCAACUUGGUCCUCACCUCCCUGGUCAACUCAGCCAUGUUCUCCACCUACAACAACUGCACCUUCCCCGGCAGCAGCUCCGCCGGCUCCCAGGACAUCCUUUACGGCCUCUUCCAAUGCCGCGGCGACCUCAGCAGCAAUGACUGCUCCCAGUGCGUCGCUCGCGUGGUGAGUCAACUCGGCACCCUAUGCGUCAACUCCUGCGGCGGCGCGUUGCAGCUCGAGGGCUGCUUUGUGAAGUACGACAACGCGACGUUCUUAGGGGUGGAGGACAAGACACUGGUGGUUAAGAAAUGUGGGCCGUCGAAUGGGUUUGACUCGGAUGCGUUGACCGACCUGGAUGCCGUGCUGGCGAAUCUGGGGACAGGAGAUGGGACCUACAAGCCAUACAGGGUUAGCGGCUCCCGGAAUGUUCGGGGCGUGGCGCAGUGUGUCGGGGAUUUGAGUCCGAGCGAGUGCCAGGAUUGUCUGUCGGGAGCCGUCGGACAGCUCAGGUCCGGGUGCGGGACCAGCUCGUGGGGCGACAUAUUCUUGGCUAAGUGCUACGCGCGCUACUCGGAAAGUAGAUAUAACUCGAAUGAUAACUCGAACGACGGUCAUGAUCAUGAUGAUCAUGAUGAUGACGAUAACAAUGACGAUCUUGACAAGACACUUGCAAUACUCAUCGGAAUCCUAGCAGCCGCCGCACUGGUCACCGUAGUUGUUUCCCACUACUGGAAAAAAUUGGACCGCGAUGAAAAAGGUUGUAAAUAAAUAAAAUGCAGAUUGUGGAUCGUUCUGGAUGAAAGCAGAGCAAAUGUUCCUAGCUAAGCCUGGUAAUUUAGCUGUCUUUUGGUGUCUCUUUUUUUUUUUUUUUUUUUUUUUUGCUUCGAAAUUCAACUUCUUCUCUCUGCCUACAUUGCUCUCUCUCUUUGAUGUAGUAGUUUCUGGCAUAUUGCCUUUUGCAAAAGAACAGUGAGGAUGGAUAGAAAGGAAGAAAGAUGUAUAAAGGGCAACCUUGAAACAAGUGAAAUGUAAACUUUGAUCAAUAAUAAGAAAAAAAGGCUCAAAGAUUCCUCUACUAA